AUGAUCUGUUUCUUUUUGAUAUAAUGCGAGAUCACCCAAGGCGAUCUUCGAAGACGUCAUCAACCACGAUAUUACGUCUUUGAAGCCCUGAUUGGUGCAAAGGAACGUUCUAGAAUAUGGGACCAGCCACAAUUCUGGGAGGAUGCCUUUCUUGAUGCAGUUGCGCGAGAGAGAGACCUUAUAGGUCUGGAUCAUUCACCAACUGCCUUGUUGGAACGCUACUCAAAGUUAUCAAUCCCCGAACGCAAACUUUGGGACCUCAAAGAGGAUCGAAUUUUAGCAACAGUACUCCAUAACCUCAUUGCUUACAUGGUCAUGAUGAAAGCGGCGAAACAAGAAAUAUACAAUGUUGGAUAUCGUCUUCUUGGAAGAUGUCGGCUUGGGUCAGAUUUCUCACACUCAAUUUCGCAUCUUCUUGAGUGUGUUGCAGAACUAAAUGGCAAUUCAAUCGAUCUUAUUCCUUCAAUGAGCAACAGUAUCUAUCAACACGCUUUCACCAUAACCAUUCCAGAUCCUCAUUCAGAUCCCGGGAACUCACUAAUUCUCGAGGUGUACGAAACUGCAUACCUUUUGCGAACUCUUGGCGGUGCAAUUGAAAGCGUGCGAAAUCUCGCAAAUAUUCUUGCAAUAAUCAUGAUUGCCAAGGCAAAAGCUUGCGUUAUUCUUGAGGUUAGCGGUGAUGAGGUGAACGCGACUCAAAUGUAUUGCAAAAAGACAAAAUCCCUCUUCCAUGCCAUUCAGGCUGCAAUGAAGCGGUUGUCCUAUGAGGCGAAAGCAAUUACAAAUCCAAUCCAAUUUUGCAUGAAAAUGGUAAGAAAUGCAGACAGUUUGCAGAGGAAUCUGGCUGCUCUUGGAGUCGCUGAGGGACUAGAAUUCUCAAACUCCAAGUUUGCUCCUCGUAAGUGCGCAUUCUCUUAG